GGCAGAGGUGGCAGGGAAAUACAGGGGCUGGGCCGGAGCUGGGAUCUGGGUACUCAUGGUCAAACUGGGGACAGGGCUCUGCAGGGCCGUGUAUGUCCCACAGCCAGAACACUCUGAUCAAGCCCAUCCCCAUGUCAAACCACAAGUCCCUGGGGACUGGCACAGUGUGUGUGUCCCCACCUGGGCUAAGUGAGCACACCCCAUAACCAGAUGGGUGUGGACAUCUCCCCAUCCCCCUGCCGUGACAGCAGCACCACUUCCUCCAAGCGAUCCAUUCCCUGGUGUAAAACAAAAGAGACUUCGGUGGUAUGGGGAGGUGGUGCUGUAGGAAACUUGGAAAGUGGCAGGGAGAUGCUGGGCUGGGCCCUGGAGUAUUGGGAAAUGGCCAUCAGCAACUCCUGGGGGUAUUAGUCAGGUCUCAGGGCCAAGAGUGUGUGGACAGGAGGAAACCAGAGGAGGAAUCGUAGAAGAGAGGAGAUAAGAAUUGGGCUGAGGGAGAGACAGAGGCUCCUGGCUGAUCUCACCAGGCACCCAGCAUGGUCACCAUGAGGCUGUUGAGAAGCAUGGAGCUCUGGCAGGCCAACACCUUUCUGCCCCUGCUGCUCCUCACCUGGCUACCAGUUGGAGCAGUCAGUCAGCAGGUACAGCCAGGCACCACUGUGCAGUUUGAGAUUUGUUUGGAAAAUCUCACGGUGCAGGUGAAGUGGUGCAAACCUGAAUGUCUGGAGGGGGAGAAUCAAACCAACACUGUGAUUCUGGGAGAAAACUGUCUGAAUUUCACCAGCUCAAGCCUGUGUACAGCCCACACAGGAAUCUGUGCAUGCAAGGUCUUCAUCACAAGACCAAACUUGACAGACACUGGAAACAGCACACAAACAGCAGUUCACAGCUGUGGCUGUGCAGAACCUCUGACUGAUGUCACAGGGAAGGUCUGGACAGGACUCAACCUCCUCCUGUGCAUCCUCCUUGGCUUAGCGGUCGGGACACUCCUUUACAUGCCGGUAAUUGGCUUCCUGCUGUGGCAGUGCACAAGGAACAAAACAGGAGAGCUCAUGAGCGGGGAAGUGGCAGAGAGGAAUCAGGUCAAUAUGGCAGCCCCAAUGACAGGGACUGAGGACCUGACCUAUGCCAACCUGAAUUUUGGAAAGAAGGAGACAGUACCUGCCUCCUCCAAUGUCAUUUACACUGAGAUCAAGCCAUCACAACAGAAGCAGAGUGCUGGGGAUGGCAGUGCUGCCAGCACAGAGAUGGAUGCCUCCUCCAAGGAAGAGGGCAAGUGAGGGAGGUGAGCAGCUUGUUGUCCGCCUCUUGGGGUUGUCCUCCUCAAAAACUAGGUGUUUGCUCAUACAGCAGUGCAGUCUUGGUGACCAAAGACACAUUUUACCCCCGAGUGGCUGCAGAACCCUGCUCUAUGUUCCCCUGGAAGAAGCCAUGGCUAAUGGUGAGGACAGAGCUUUUGAGCCUGUUUUCCCCUUGCCUUCUGUGGCUCCAAACAGUGCCAAGCCUCAGCAACUCUUUUCAGUCUGCAGUCACUGACAGGCUCCUCUAGCUACUUGCUCCAUGUUCAGGAAUGACACUGUAUACUGUGUGGCAACAUGGUGUUCAGGAAGAGCUUGGUCCUGGAUGUGCUGGGUGGCAUGGCCAUGAGAAGUCCUGAAGCAAUCUUCUGGAUUUUCUCUGGAGCAGGCAUCUGCUGUGAUGUGGGUUGACCUUGCUCUCAUUCACUCACUUGAAACUCAAGUGGCAAGGAUGGAAAAGCAUUGCUUGCUUCACAGAGGUGCUGCUGCAGUGAUGCACAUGGAUCUGCUUUGUACUGGGAGUGGCUAGGUGUUUUUGCUGGUUUGCUGGUGAAUACCCUUCUCGUGGGUAGAGCACUCCCUUUUGUGCCCUCCUUUUUGAUAAUGUUGUGUUUAUUGUGAGUUUUUCAGUAAAACUGUGAUUCCCACU